UAUUACAAGAAAGUUGUUAUUCGUAGUAUUUUAAUCGAUUUACAUGUUGAAGUAACUUAAUAUGUAAACUUAAAUUCCAACAUGUAUUCCUCGGAAAAAGUUUACAGGUUUGUACAAUUUUUUUUUACACCAUUCUCAUAAUAAAAAGUGAGCCCGAAAAAUAACCACUGACGAAAGGGACUAUUGUAAGACUGCUAACUAGAAUUGUACUAUACAGUUCAUGAUAUUUCUUAAAGCUAAUUAUAAUAAUAUAACAAUAUAUACUAAAUCUAAUAGUGGGGUUUGAAGUGUCCUAGACAUAUACAAUUGAAGAUAUUUUAAAACAAUAGCCAACUGUGAAUUAUUCACAAAAUAGUUAAAAUACAUAAUAUAAUUAAAAAUAAUGGAUCCAAAUAAUUUUAAUGGACACGAUGUGGAGUUACGAGAACAAGAUCGUUGGUUACCAAUAGCAAAUGUUGCGAGAUUAAUGAAAAAUACUUUACCAACUACUGCUAAAGUAUCAAAAGAUGCAAAAGAGUGUAUGCAAGAAUGCGUAUCUGAAUUUAUAUCAUUUAUUACUAGUGAAGCUAGUGAUAAAUGUUUAAGAGAGAAACGAAAAACAAUUAAUGGUGAAGAUAUUUUAUAUUCCAUGCAUGAUUUAGGGUUUGAAAAUUAUGCUGAAGUAUUAAAAAUCUAUUUAGCUAAAUACCGUGAACAACAAGCAAUCAGACAAGAAAGAGGUGAGACAAGAGCUUCUAAGAGGCAAGCCAAGCAAGCAGCAGCUGCAGCAGCUGCUGCAGUUUCAUCAGCUGACUCACCUGGUGAUUCAUCUAAACUGUUAGAAGGUGUAGAAAGUAAUACAUAUCUGAAUGAUCCAUCUAAUUCGGAAACUCCAUUAUCAAGAGAUAAUAAUGAAGGAUUAGAAAGUGAUCAAAAUUAUGUAGAAGAACAUUUGGAAGGAGAAAAUCAAAAUAGUUAUCUUCAUGAUGAUAAUUUGAUAGAUAAUCCAACUGAAGAUCAUGAUGAUAUUGUACCUAAUAAUUCAAAUGGUACAGUGAAUGAUUCACCAGCUCGAUUAUUUUCUCAAUAUGAAGAUGGUGAUGUUAAGAUAAAGGAAGAACAUGAAGAAGAAUUACAACCACAUGAAUCUAAUGGUACUAAUAACAUACAGACCACCAAAGUUGAAUUGGAAGAUUAUCAUUAUGAUGAUUUUAUUAAUGAUGAACCUAAUGAAGAACUUCAAUUACAUAAUGGAGCUAGUGCUCAUCAUAAUAUCGAAGAAUUAGCUAAACAACUAACAAAUGAUGAUGCAGAUAUUGAUACAAUAACUGCAGGAAUUACUAAUGGUAGUAAUGAAAGUUAUUUCUAAAUUGAAUGACAUUAUUAAGAGACAUGAAACAAUAUCAAAUUAUUAAAAAUAAAAACAGGGUAAAAUAGGAUUCCGAUGGGUUGGUUAUACUUCUAAAAUUGACUAAAAGUUCAUAAAUUUGUUUAUCUUAAAAAACUCGAGAACAUUCUUUACAAAAUCCAUUAAAACUAUUUAUUCAUUUCUUUGUAUGUAUUAUAAUAUAAAUCUUCUUUUUGAGUGA